AAAAGAUGGCAGCGCUCAGCAACAGCAACUUGGACAUCUCAGCGUCUAUCGCUGGCAUUCUGAAUGAAAAACACUGCUCUGAACACUUGCAGGUUUUGAAGACAUUUACGGCUGCGUUACGGGACAGGGAAUACAGGGAUGCUGUGCAGGAGCAGGCCUUCUCCCGUCUUUUGAAGGUCUUGACCGGGCUCAGUGAUGAGCUGCAGGAUGCCAGCGGAGACUGUGAGGACCCGCAGACUGUCGCCCUGCUGCUGCAGUUGAUUGCUGAGUGUUUCAGGGCCCAGAGGAACUCAUGUGUCCAGAGCACACGCAAUCAGAGUCUGCUCAGGGAGCUUGGUUUCAUUGACGUAUCCCUUAAACUUCUGAGCUUCCUUCAGACCACAAAUUUGGAGAACAGAGAUGGCAAAUUUGAACCUCUCCGUUGUGGGAUCCAGUUCCUUGGUAACCUGGCUGUGGGAAACCAAAUGUGUAAAGAUGACAUUUGGCAACUGAGCUUCCCUAAUCUUCUCCUGCAGCUGCUCAGUGCUGAGGAUGAGAAGACGGUGAACUACUCCUCUAUGGUACUCCACACAUGUCUGGAUGAAGCCAAAGUGGAGCAACUGUCUGAGCCACAGAACAUCCAGCUGGCACUCAGGGUAAUGGAUCUGUGUAGGAUUCAACCUGAUCUGGACUGGACGGUUCUCAUUGCAACCCAGCAUUUCCUCAAGUCUUCAGCUCUGGUGGAGAGCAUGUACUCAGGGAUGUCUCACCAUGAAAGAGUUACUCUGUUAGAGCUGCUCUUUGCCCAACUUAGAGAGGAAGACUCAGAGGAGUGUGGCAUCCCACCCAGUGUGGCUCGUUUCCUGGCGAACUGCUUCCAAACAGGUUGUGGGGCUGUGCUGGCACUUGCCACUGGUUCUGCUUCCAAUGAUGAGGUCCUGCAGGAGGCGCUGACAGUGAUUAGUCUGCUGGACGUUCUGUGCGAGAUGACCUCAGACCACAGGCAGUUCAUGUUCCUGCAGGACCACCCUGACCUUCUAGUGACCACUGUUGAGCUCCUGGAGCAGGUGCAUGCCAUAGGGAAGGCCAGUAAGAAUAUUUUCAGUGCUGCUCAGAACUUCUCCUCCUUCAGUGGAGACGGAGACUCUUCCUCCCAUUCUCCUGUCAUCAGCUUCAAGGCCCACCUCAUCCGGCUGAUAGGAAACCUCUGUCACAGAAAUACUAACAACCAGGAGAAGGUGAGAGAACUGGAAGGCAUCCCCCUCAUCUUGGACAACUGCAAUAUAGACAGCAACAACCCAUUCAUCAGCCAGUGGGCCAUCUUCGCCAUCAGGAACCUCCUAGAACACAACAAGCAGAACCAGCAGCUGGUCGCCGACCUGGAACGGCGUGGCCCCGCUGACUACUCUGCUCUUAAGGAGCUGGGUUUCCUGGUGGAGGAGCGAGAUGGAAGCCUGCUGCUCAAACCUGUGAGGAAGGACUCAUAAAAGCCUUGGAGAAGCAGGAGUAAGGAGAUCCCCCAACCCACGAGCUGGUUUUCAUGUGAAGUAAUUGUUUAGAAGGGAAUAAAGUACAUGUCCAUGCUUGUGUGAACAUGUACUCUUGUGCUGCAAGCCUCCAUAAUGUUACCUAGUAUUUAAGCUUCAUCUGCUGAUGAAUCGCUCAUCCUCUAUCAAACAUGUACGUUUUGUGCCUGUCCAGUAAAUUCGACAGCCACACUGCCGAUAUAUACAGUAAGCAAAAAAUGCUUUUGAAUUAGAUAUUUAUCUCAGAAGAGUAUGUAUAACUUAAUUUUCUACCUCUGCAAUUCUCAGAUGGGUCUUACAAUAAUCUUGACACAAAAAAGGUGUCAAGGGCUUUAAGAUGUCAGGAGCUUUUAUCAGCCCUGUCAUCAGUGAGGGGUCAAAGGGUACAGAUGACCACAGCCCAAGGCCCGGGGGGGGGGGGGGGGCAUGCGGAGGUGAUUUAUAUCACUGACAGUACAAUUUAUAUGUGUUUACAUAAAACUAUGUGUUAAACACAUUACAUCUGGUCAUCUGAUACCCCACCCCCUGCUGUUAUUGUGAAAAUGGUGCAAUCGAAACACUUGGCCAGUCAAACAGGCGGAACACACAGACUGACUAGCUUAGUCAAAAUGCUCAGUCACAAACAAUCAGGGGCUCAAAAACAGAAAAGCCAGACUAAAGAGAGCGUGAGAAAGUGAAAGGAGAAAAGAGGCAAUGGCCACAAUUCUGCGCCCCCCCCAAAAAAAAAAAUGUGAAGAAGCACCAGGUGUAAUAGGUAUUCAGCUGUUUUGGUGUCUCCUCUGUUUUGUUUUUAGGUAAAAGAAGUAGUAUAAUUGUCAGAGUCUGAUUUGAAAGAACAUUUCGAAAUAACUGACCUUUUGUGUUUAUAAUCAUUUUGAGUGUAUGUGUACAAAAUAGAGCAUGGCCUAUAUCACCAGGUUUGGAGAUGGUUCUCCAUCUGUCACUACAAGGCUAAUGGCCAAGAGCGUAUUUGAAACUGACCGUGUUGGUAUUACA